AUGGGCGAACUCCCCGCGGCUGGGGAGAGACACCGGGAGGGGCGACCCGCGGAGGGAGCUCUGUUCAAACCCUUUUCUCUCUCCCUCGCGCUGUACGCGGAAGAGAGGAGAGAGGCGAAUGGACUGCGUCACGGAGACUUCCUCAGGUACAGGCGCUACUGCACAGCUCGCCUCAACAGACUGCGAGGCAGCCUCGAACUCCGACAAGGCCGAAACCGAUACCAGCUGCGGAAACUGCCUGUUGUCAUACGAGAUGAACGGGUUCUUCUCCUCGUCCUCACGCAGGCCGAACGCGCGUGGAGCUACGCGAUGCAACUCAAGGGCGAAAAUGCCGCUGCAGCUGUCCUGAAUCCGCGCGUGCGGCGCCACGCGAUCCAGCGGUUGUCGAAGGCGCUGAUGUAUGCGCAGCUUCUGGAAAAUCUCUGCAACAGCCCGACGCCGAGUCUGCUGGCCCCGCCGCCGGCUUCCUCGGAGGCGAAGGCGAGCAAGGGGACCGGCGCGCUGCCCAAGGCGAAGGAGGACGCGAAGCCUGCGUCCGGGAAGAAGAGCGGCGCCGCGGAAGAGGCGCCGCAUGCGCUGCUCCUUCAGCCGCAUGCGCUGACCGAGGAGGAAAUCGAGGCGUACUUUGCCUCGCUCGCCUGCGAGCUCGUCCCGCUCUGCGACGAGAAAACGAAGCUCGAAGCCCGCGCGUACCGGCUGAGCAUCCUCGCGGCGCUCCUGCAGGAGCAAGAGAGGUGGGAAGACGCGCGGCAGACGCUCGAGGACCUGCGCCAGGUGUACGUACACCUGAAGCGGGUUUCGUCGACGCAGGAGCGCGAAGAAAACCUGUUCAAGAAGCUGCUUGAGCAAGUCGAACCGGAGUUGCGGCUCUGUGCCUUCCACUCCGGCGGCGUCGCCUCGUUCGCGAAGGCAGCCGCUCCCGGCCUGGCCGCGUCAGAUCGGAAGCAGGGCGGCGCGGAGGGGGAAAAACGCAUGCAAACCUCCCCGCCGCUGGUCGCGUGGCGUGGCGACGACGUCUACGUCGAGGCAGAUCGCCCUCGAAUGGGCGUUCUCGGCGCCGUGUCGCUCAUCGACGAAGUCCAAAUCCUCAAGACUGAGGAUUUGGCGAGCGCCGCCAGUGCGGACACCACCCUGGAACGCACAGAACUCGGCGCGAGGCUCCAGCAGCUGUCCCAGGAGGACGCCGAACGCCUCGUCGAAAGAUACGGAGAUCUCAGCAGCCGCUUUCGACUCUGCGUCGACCUCAUCCACGCCGAAAUGCUCAAACAUCCUGACGUCUCUUCGUGGUUCCUCGCAGAAGGGUACUGCCUGGACAUUUCGCGGUGCUUGGAGGUCGAACGCGAUAUCAUUCUGCUGCUGCGCUUCUUCUUGAAUCUUCGCCAGAGCGACGAAAAACCGCACGGAGGCGCCGGCGGCCAGCACAAACAACAGUCCCUGCGGGGAGACGCCGGCGUCCGCUACGCGUCGCUUUUGCAGCAAGGAGUUGGAAAGAUGAUGGAGGAGGAGAACCUCGACGAGAAGCGGAAACUGCGCAUGCAGCAGUGGGCGAAGAUCGCAAAGGACAGCAGGGCUCUUUGCCUCGCCGUCUUCGACGCCUUCACUGGCAAACUCCCGGAAGCCUACGUCCUCGCUGCGGCAGUCUCCUCGCGGUCUAAGGCCCUCGUUCCGCAGCCGCAAGUGCUGCCCCCGGACGAUCCUCAAGGGCGCCUGGACAUCUUCUUCGUCGCGCUGCAGCGCGUGGUCGCCGAGCUGGCGCACCGCUACGAAGCACGCCACCUAGCCGCGAUCGUCAAAGAGGAGUUGAAGGCUGCUGGAUCCGCCGACGAAGAGAUCGCCGCACCCACUGCGCCUGCCUUUCCUCUGCCCGGUCGACGCGGGGCGAAGGGGAAGGCCGCGCCUGCGCAAAGUGGGAAAAGCGACGGAAACCGAGAGAUGCUCGCUUUGGCGGCGCAGUACGUCCUCCCUCGUUUGGAGCCUCUGCCUUGCAAACCCGUGCUUUUUGACUUGGCGCUGGCGUCGUAUGCGCCGCCGCAGUUGAAGGCGCGGACGGAGGGCGGCGGAAAAAGAGCGGCUCUUCGGGGAUUUGUGAAGUCGCUCUUUGGAAGAUGA